UUCACUCCAAAACCAAUCUUUCUCGUCAUCUUCGAAUCAUUCAGUUGAAUUUCACUAGAAAUGUCGGGAAGAGGAAAGGGUGGAAAGGGUUUGGGAAAGGGAGGAGCGAAGAGGCACAGGAAAGUCCUCAGAGACAACAUCCAGGGAAUCACCAAGCCCGCGAUCAGGAGGCUGGCUCGGAGGGGAGGAGUGAAGCGUAUCAGCGGUCUGAUCUACGAGGAGACACGUGGAGUGCUCAAGAUCUUCCUAGAGAACGUGAUUCGUGAUGCUGUCACAUACACUGAGCAUGCUCGCCGCAAGACUGUCACGGCCAUGGACGUUGUUUAUGCCCUCAAGAGGCAGGGGAGAACUCUCUAUGGGUUUGGGGGUUAGGGUUUUUGGUCACAAAAGUCUUGCUGUCAAGAAAGAGAGGUCAUGGGGAUGUUUAGGGUUCUGGGUUUGUUAGGGUUAGUUACGAGUAUUGGGGUUUGUUUUACAUUCGUGUAAUUAUAAGUUGUUUCUGAUUUCUUGCAUUUCGUCUUCUACUACUACUACUACUUGUAGUGUUCUUGUUAAGGCAUUGUUAUGAAACUUCAAUUUCAGAAUUACUUUUCUCUU